UUUAGUUAAAAAAAUCCCCUCAAAAUAACUUUCGCAAUCUCAUCUCACUCAUUCUCAAAUCGCGCCACCUCUGAUCUCGCCCACCAGCUGCCCACUCAUCUCCACGCCUCCAUCCAGAAUCAGACCCUCUCUCUACAUCCCAAGAUCGCGCCGCGCGCGACCAUAACCAGUCUGAGUCCACCGCGACCGCCUCCCUGCACCGAUCUGGACCACCACGCCUGCUCUCUCCCAACAGCACACAUCUUUCAUCUCUGAAUUCUCCCUUUUUGCACCGCGCCGCCCAAGCUUACACUACGCCUCAUUUCUCUCUUCAUCAGCACAGCCCUCAACAACCUCCGGAGUCCAAGAAACCGCCGCAUCCUUCUGCUCCAUCAGUUGCUGCAUUUGCAUGGGCAGAGAUUGGAGCUGCUAUGAUAUCCAUUUGCUAACCAGUUUUAACUUUAAGUAAUACCUACCUUCCUGCUCCUGAUUUUCCGGAAGCCUAUCUCUUUUGGGUUAAGGAUACAAUAUUGAUAAAUGAAGCAUAUUGUAAAGAUUUUGGUGCUGGUAAUUGCUAUCACUGCUUUAUGGGUUGGCCUUCUACAAACUUCUAUGAUUCCACAAAGUCAUACUUGGUUGCUACCGAUCUAUUUUGUUGUGUCUUUAGGAUGUUACGGUUUAUUAAUGGUUGGAGUUGGUCUGAUGAACUUUCCUACCUGUCCUCAUGAAGCCCUGUUGUUGCAAAAGGACAUUGUUGAGGCCAGGGACUAUCUGAAGCAAAGAGGAGUUGAUGUUAGUACCAGCUGAUGUGGUCUAUAGAUGUUCCCUGAAGUUUAGAAUUAGCUGCCAGCGACUAAUUAAUUAGCUGAUUGGUAGUUGGGAAGGAUUUUUUGGCAUUUACAUUGUACUCAAAAACUAGUAUACGAAUGGCUUUGAAUUUCCACCAAUGUAUGCAUACUCUUUCUGUUAUGAGCUAUAGUUGUCUUUCUUUGGCAACACAUGAAACUGAGAUUUAAUCAGGAUAGCUCACAUAGGCUUGAUAAGUGAUGUUUUGUAUUCAUCAUGACCCCGUUGUCUCUAUUUUACUGGUUUAGAGGUUGCAUCAUUGUACCCA